AUGCUUACUCAAAUAACGGUCUUGGAGGGAGAAAAUCAAUCAGCACCACAGAAUUGUGGCACUCAAGAAAAUAAAAAGAACUCAGCUUUGGGUACAAUUGGAGCCAAAGCAAGGCCAUCUAGUGGUCAUUCCAGGAAAGCAUCUCUUAAUAAUUUUUGGAUUCCAAGAGAAACCAACGUGGUAAAAGUGACUAAGCCGGAGAAGUUGGGGAUCAGAAAGUUAGCCAAGGCUUAUACUAGGAGUUUAGUUAGUGGCUGGAGCACUGAAAUCGCACCUCAAGGAUCAUUGCCUAAAUGUAAAUCUUUGGAGGAUGCUGUUGUCAAUGAGUUUCUAUCUGGUAGAGAAGUCAAAUCUUUGAGAAUUGAUGAUAGUAAGAUAGAAGCUUCAAAAGCAUUCCCGAAGCUUCCCAAUAUCGAUCAACGAAUGUUAGCUGAAGAACAAAAUAGUAUCGGUUCUAGAAAUAUUAAUCUUUCUAACCGCGAUAAGAAACCAUUAGAAGAUAAUAAAAACAUUGUCAAUAUUUCUCAAACCCUUGAAACCUUGUUUCCUGGCAAUUUUGCGAAAAAGGCUAUUCAAGUGGACCCUGGAAGAGAAAUGAUUCUAACCGGAUUUCCCAAAAAUGUUAACGUGAAUUCAAUAUUGGGUUUCAUUGCAGGCGGGGUUAUAGAAAGGAUCGUUCCAGAGAUUGUUAAAGAAGGGAAAGAUAUUGUUGUAAACAAUCUUUACCUUUGUUUUACCAAGGCCAAAGAUGCUGAGGAUUUUUUCAAUUUUUCAAAAACGGGACUUUUUGUUGUUUGUGGUGAAAAUAUAAAAGUUAGGUGGACUGGAAGUUGUAAAUAUAGAUAUUGCAAUGAAAUUCCUAAAAUUAAUGAAUUGCUGUCCUCUUUCAUUGAGUCUGAGGUUAAUAUUGGUGCUUGCCGUUGUUUGAUUAUUAAAAAACUAACCAACAGGUGCCAGAAAUCAAAGCAAAGAUCAGCAUAUUAUAGAAACUACGGAAUAAGCAGACCUUACUGUGAUGAUUUCGAUAUAAAAGAAGUUGAGAAGGAUUUUUCCCAGUAUGGUGAAAUUGUAGAAAUUACCCCAGCAAUUUCCAGAAAGCUUUGUGUAUCUAUUCAUUAUUAUGAUAUUAGGUCAGCAAUAUUAGCCAAAAAGGAGAAAGAAACAACGACCUCUAAACUUCAUGCCAAAUAUUCUGAUUGGGCAAUUUGGUAUGGAAAGGAUCCUGCAGAUAAGCCUUGUAUAGCUUUAUAA